AUGGAUCCAUCGUAUCUUCUACACGGCACAUCAUCACGUAAACAUGAAAGUUACGUGGGUGGUAACGAUGAUCCCUAUUACGGUUUUGCUCACAGUUCAACAUGGUCAAAUAACAGUACGUCACACGGUGAUCGUUCACUUCGUUUCAUCGUUAUUCGUCAUGGAGAACGUGUUGAUGUCAUGUACGGCGCUGGAUGGACACAGCGGGCAUUUGCUUACGGUCAAUAUAAUCCAUUUGAUGCCAAUAUGCCACCAAGUCUUCCGUAUCGAGCCAAUUGGAUGGACUACGAAGUUGAUACUCCCUUGACAUCCAGAGGACUGCUACAAUCUUGGAAUGUUGGCAAUGUUUUGAAUCGUUUUAACUUACCUAUUACUGCUUGUUAUUCUUCACCUGCGUUUCGCUCAAUUGAAACGGCUGAUAAAAUUCUUGAAGGUAUGGGACGAAAAAUGGUUGUACCAAUACGUUUAGAAUUAGGUUUAUUUGAAUGUACAAGUUGGUAUGCGCAGGCACCGAUCACUUUCAUGUCAGAGCAAGAAUUAUUACAUGGCGGAUUUAAUAUCGAUCAAACAUAUCGUUCACAAAUAUCUGAUUUAAAAUUAUUCGAAAAUGAGUAUCAAUAUUACGAUCGUUCAAGAGACGCCAUGAAAAAAAUCAUUAAAUUACAUAAAAAAACUGGUGGCACUAUUUUGUUGGUAGCACAUGCGCCAUCACUUGAAGUACUCACUCGAAAUCUAAUGAAUGGUCAACCAAGACCAGAACGGCUAGCCGACUUGGCUGCUAAAGUUGAUUUUUGCAGUAUGACAAUUGUUGAACGUGAAUCAUCAUCAAAACCGUGGCAAUUUCGUUAUAAUCUUGAUGACCAAUUAUCGCAAGAGCAACAAUACUUGGAAUCGUCACCAUAUGCAGCAUAUACCUCAAAUCAAUUCCCAUCGCUUAAUCAUACAGCUUUACAAAUAGAUAAUUAUUCACCCUAUUAUGUUUUACAGUAA